GGUGGCAGGUUCAGGUCCCGGGUCCGAGCCUGCGCCCCUGCAGCUGCCACUGCCGCCGUCGCCGCCAGGGGGAGUGUCCGUCGGGAAACGUGGUGUUGGUUCCUUGGUGUGAAGGUGCUUUCAAACUUAAGGUUUCUGAUCCUUUCCCCUGGGUUCUGAAGAGCGUAGAGGAAGAUGGAGACCGAGUCCGGGGCGCAAACAUCAAAUCAGACGCAAACAGAUUCAUUAUCUCCAUCCCCUAAUCCUGUGUCACCUGUGCCUUUGAAUAACCCAACAAGUGCCCCAAGAUAUGGAACAGUGAUCCCUAAUCGCAUCUUUGUAGGAGGAAUUGACUUUAAGACAAAUGAAAAUGAUUUAAGAAAAUUUUUUUCCCAGUAUGGGUCUGUAAAAGAAGUGAAGAUUGUAAAUGACAGAGCUGGAGUGUCCAAAGGGUAUGGUUUCAUCACUUUUGAAACACAAGAAGAUGCACAAAAAAUUUUACAAGAGGCUGAAAAACUUAAUUAUAAAGAUAAGAAACUGAACAUUGGUCCAGCAAUAAGAAAACAACAAGUAGGAAUUCCUCGUUCCAGUAUAAUGCCUGCAGCUGGAACAAUGUAUCUAACAACUUCAACUGGAUAUCCUUACACUUAUCAUAAUGGUGUUGCUUAUUUUCAUACUCCAGAGGUAACUUCUGUUCCACCACCUUGGCCUUCACGUUCUGUAUCUAGUUCCCCUGUGAUGGUAGCUCAGACAGUUUAUCAGCAACCUGCGUAUCACUAUCAGGCCCCUGCACAGUGCCUACCAGGACAGUGGCAGUGGGGCGUUCCUCAGUCUCCUGCAUCUUCUGCUCCAUUCUUAUGCCUGCAACCUUCUGAGGUUAUUUAUCAACCGGUGGAAAUUGCACAAGAUGGUGGAUGUGUCCCUCCUCCACUGUCUCUGAUGGAAGCCUCAGUUCCAGAGCCUUAUUCUGAUCAUGGAGUUCAAGCAACAUAUCACCAGGUUUAUGCUCCAAGUGCCAUCGCUAUGCCUACACCCGUGAUGCAGCCUGAGCCAAUUAAAACAGUGUGGAGCAUUCAUUAUUAAGACAACUGGGCAGCUCUAGUCCAGCUCAACUGAUUUCUUGUCCAAUGAUCCUUGUGUGGCCAAGAUCCAGCUUCAACGAACCGUCUAGAAGCUGCCCAUUGUGACACUUAGGGUUAGUUAAUACCUCGCCAUACUUAUUUAUUCCAUUAUAAGCUGUCUAAAUUCGAUGAAAUUUGCUUUUUCAGCUGUUCUACAAAACUAUUUAGGUAGUUGUGGCAUGUUGGUUUGUUUAUGUGUUAAUCUAACUGUAGUGACAUUUUCUACAUGUUUUAUCCAUUCCAUAAAUAAUAACCACAUUGGGAAUAGUGAGGUGUCUUUCAUUUUCUCUGCUUUGUGUUAUUUCUUUUCCUCUCAAUCUUUUAGGAGUAAUGUUUAAUAGUCAUUACUAUUUAUUUUAGUAUUUAGGAUAAGAGUCCUCUCUAAUGCUAAUAGAAUUUUUAAUACUUUCAUGCCUUGUGGUAUAAGUACAUUUGAUCUUAAUGAUUCAGUUCUAAUACUGGCUAUUUUGUCAUUUAAUAUGUUUUUGACUGAGUUUUUAUUUAUUACUGCUAUUCCUUAUUUAAUUUUGCUUCUGCCAUGGUUUUCAAAAUUUGAGUAAUAUUUAUACUUUUUUUAUAACAUUUUCCAAAUAUUAGAAACACUUCAACAUGAUCAGUUUUCUUACCUUUUCAUAUGAUUAAUUUGACUAUAUUAAAUUUUUACUCUAAUAUUUGUGAUAAUGCUGAAGCCUUUUAUAAUAUAAGCCAUUUGGUACCCAAAUUUAUAUAAUACGGUUCACCUAGUAGAAUUGUUUUGAUAAAAGAAGGGCUCAUCUCUGACAUCCCAUAAUACUGACUGAUACCCCACUAUAUUUUGGUAUCCUCUACUGCUUUAAUAUUUUGACUUUUUAUUCUUAUAUGUUACCAAUAUAUUCAAUUAUAUGUUAUUAAUAUUUUAAAAGACAGUUAUUUUCAUAAAAAGCAAAGCUAUUUCUUACACCAAAGGAAAACUUCAAAUUCUGAUUCUAAAGCCAAUCUUAUUAUAAAAUUAGAAAAUAGGUAGGGAGGAAAAGCCAUUGUUCAAAAGUUACAGAACAAAUUGUUUUCAUCACUGUAAUUUCUGUAAUAGUGUAAAAAAAAUCCACUUUACAUUCAUUUGCAAUUCUUUUACUUGACUUCCUAAUUUUAGGUGAGAAGAGGAAAAUCCAUAAAUAUUGGCAUUACCCUAAUUUAUCUCUCCUCUCUCCUUUUCUAUGCCCAAAUGUAUUACAUGUUCAACAGCAUAAGCAGAAAUAAUAAGACUUAGAUCCCAAAGAUUUUCCUGAUGAGUCAAAUAGGGUGUUUCUUUUGAAACCAUAAUGAACAGUAGGACUAUAUGAUUACAUAUUAGCCUACAGGUAUCCCAUGCACAUUAAUUAUUCUGUUUUUAGAAAUAUAAAUAGACUAAUAAGUCCCACAAUGAAAUUUCAAAAGUUUUUGUUCUGUAAGUAAAAAUGAUUAACCACUGAUGUUAGAGAUAUUUUAAUAGCACUCUCCUUGAUUUUCAAAAUGUUUAACAUGAUGCUAAACAAAUCCUGGACUGUUAAUAAAAGUUAAUGAUGUAUUAUUGGAUAAGGAAUUUUGAUAAUAAUUGAUACCCAAGUGUGUUUCUUCCACAAAACUAUAGAGAUCUGCGUACACACAUAUACUACGUACACACACACACACACACACACAUAGAUUAUAUACACAUACACAUUAUAUAUACAUACAAUUCAUAUACACACUUUCUUAGAAUUUAGCUUCAUUUUGUGAAGCUAAUUAAAACUGUGGAAUUCACUGUCAACCAAAAUAUAUGGAGGACAUCAUCAACUUUCUUUACGACCUAGUUUGAUAGCCCAAACAGGUUAUUUCUAAAACCAGAUUGAGAGGAUAAAAAUUCUCCUUAUAUAACUAGGUAAAAGCCAUUUUAUUUUUCUCUUUUUUGUAGUAUAUCAUCUAUAGAUAAAUUUGAAAAGUUUCUAUUUAGUUCCUAUUUUGAAAGGCCAAUCUGAAGACAUCUGAGGAAAUUCACUGGGUUAGAGUGAAAUGGAUAAUACAAAUAUUAGUAUCAUCACAUGUACCAAAAUCACAAAUAAGUUUGCAACCUGUUUUCCCCAAAUCUCUAAUAUAAUCAGAGAUAGAAAGAUGGUAGCAUGUCAAAAAAUAAAGGAUCUUGGAAAAUUAGGACUUUAAUUUCUUUCCUGUCAGCCAAUUUCACAAGAAUGGCUUAGAAAAAGAGGUAUGAUUUAGUUUGUAACAAUGCUUUAUAAAUUUCUGCCAAUAAUGACAGUACAAUAUUUUCAAACAAAUUUAUACAUAAGUCCCAGAUGUAGGAGUGUGUUUCAUGGGUUUGUGGUGUAUUUAAGAAAAAUAAUGAAUUGGGGUCACAUACACAAAAAAUCUUUGUAUCUCUCUCAGAAGUAGUGCUUGGAUAGUAUUAAAAUGUAGAAUCAAAGGACUAGAAAAGACUUUACAGGGGCAUUCAAUCCAACUUUGAUAUCAUGUUUCAACAUGUCCUGUUGUUAAAAUAGUAAAUUGCUGGCCCCUAGACCUAUACUUUGACUAAAAUUUAUUCUGAAAUCUCUAUAGACUUCAGUAGAAAGAGGCAAAUUUUUCAAAAAAGAUGGGCAUAAUAAUCAUAAUUGGUGCUGUUUCUUUCAACUCUAUUCAGUGUUUUCAUUCCUAGUGCAUAAAUUCAUAAAAAAAUAUGCUACCAGCUUCUGUUCUUCCAUGUUUAGUACCACUCUCUGAUUAGCAGCUACAGUUAUUGCUAUUUGUUUCACCUGCUCUAUGUGUUUUUGUCUCUUUGCUUUUAUGUAUUGCAUAAAUUUACUGAUACUUUCUGCAUUCUCAUGAUUCCUCUCAAAAAUCAAGUGCCAUUCAAGACCACUUGUUUUAUUUCACAUUGUCAUUUUUGUCCUUUCCAUGUAAUAUAAUCCUUCAGUUUUCUGUUAUACUAGUUUCAUAGUUACCUUGAUACCUACUUUAUGACCUGUCAGAAUCUAGAAAUAAAAUAACAGGCAUCAAUUUUAAAUUUGUAAACUAACAGAUUAAAGUUUUCCAGUUUUAUCAUUCUUUUUAGUUAUGCUGCUUAAAAUAGGAUCAACUAAUACAUUACCAAGCCUGACUGUAUUGAAGUUAAGAUACACAGUAACAGGCUGAAUAGUCAUUAAAGCAUUUUAUUUAAGCUAGUAAGUGAUACCAUAUUGACAUCUGACUUGUUUUUAAAACAUGUAAUUAAAAAUUUUUCCAUCUA